GCCCGAACCGCCUCUUGCCCUUCCUUCGCCUGGGCCGGAGCCCCCCGCAGCCACCUCCGGCUCCUCCUCCCGGCUCCCGCGGUCGGAAUCACGCCGGCGCGCCUCCAGCCUGCGGUCCCGCGGACUGCCUCCAGGGGCGGGCUGGAGGCGCGCGCCACCCCCUCCCAAUCCCCUUAGCCUCCGCCGCGGGCCGGGACGCUUUUUUUUUUUUUAACCACCUUGGCUGCAGGUCUAGUGCCCGGGGCUGGUGGGGGCGGGAAGGGACGUGUUUCCCUUUGCCCUGAGCCAAGGGCACGCUGCACCGGGCGACUCUGGUCUCUGCAGAUUUCCAGACCUUGCUCCCGCGCUCAGCACCCCUUGCUCAUCCACUGCGGGACACAAAGUUUUACCCAGAGGCUGAGUUUGUAGGGGGUCAUCGGGAGGCUUCGUGUCUGCACUCAGAGCGGCUCCAAAGAGGAUUGGGGAGGGGCUGAGAGGGCGGGACUGGUCUGCCGCCUUGCCUUUGUUGGAAAGGGGAGGAGCCCCGAGCUUUGAGCCUAGACUGGCUGUCCGGACGUCCCCUUAACAUUUCUGUUUGCAAACCGAAUCGGGCCCAGGUGGUGGUACGGCCGCCUGGCCCCUCUUCCCACAGUGGCAUUAACUCCCUCCUUUCACUGGUAAAAUUCCCAGUAGGACAUUUGGCAAAAGGGCCGUGCAAGGAGCUGCCAACCGGGCCUGGCCCUGUUUCCUGGGUUCCCAGGGUGCUGGCUUCUCCCCUACCCUGACUUCCUCUCUCACCUUAGGGCCCCAAGUGAACGCACUAUCCUCCCGUCUCUUCUUCCUCAGGCGGGUUGGGACUUGCAGAGCGAUCUAACAAGCAGAGGAGGAAAAUAACAACAGAAUAACUGUAAGGGGAAGGAAUGAGUAAUAAAGCCGACCCAGGCAGGGAGGAGGGCUUUCAUGUUUAAGAGACGCUAUUUGCUUUUUAGGUCACAGGCUGCAAAACAGGCUUUGAUCCGAAGUGGGCGAAUAAUUUAUUGAGAAAGUUUGCAUGGUAGGGGGAAAAAAGGGAUGUUUGUUUGAUCUGGAGUCCUCUCAGUUGUCCCAAGUGCUGUUGGGUGUUGUUUGGAGUGGAAAAGCAUUUGGUUCUACAGCAAAUCCCUCGUAGAGGGAAGUCCUCGCCCCAGGCAGCAGGACUUCGUAGUGAAUGUUGGUCUUGAAACUGUUUGGCCAAAGGUCUCCUCAGCACUUUCGGAGAUGAAGUGUUUAAGGACAAAGUUGUUUGGACUUGGGAUGCAGCAAAUGUUUCCAGAACAUUUCCCAUCCAGCAUGCUUUUCCUUUGCCUAAAUUGCACGGCUAAAUGGCCAGUAACACUAAUCCAAGAGAGCUUCCACUUGGCUUUCAUUGGGGGGUGAGGUGGGACUGCUGGUCCCAGUCCCCAAGGUGCACCCCAGAGUCUUGAGGGUAGGCCUUCGACACUGACUACUAUCACAUCCUUGAGGUGGGAGGGAGGGGGUGCAGGGUGUUCUGGUUAACUGGACUUCCAAGUAACGGGGAGGUAGUUUUUCUUAUACCCAAGACUGGGUUCAGUGACUUCCGGUCCAAAUUCUUCACAACUCAUCCAGCAGGCUCUUCACAGACUUCACAGUUAGUUCUGCCUUUAGGUGCUCCAGGGGAAGGCCAGGAUUGGCCUGCUUUGUCCUCCAUCCACAUAGGACUCUGACUGUGUGGCUAGAAGUUUAGGAACCCAGGGAGGUUCUCAGAUAACCCAUAGGAAUCUGGAGUACCUCAGCCACACUCUGGGGUUGUAGGCCUGUGCAUGGUAGCCCAGGGUGCGGGGCAGGGUGCAUCACCUGGAGUCAGAUAGCCUGGGUUUGAAUGCUAUAGCUAUGCAGUUACCAGCUGUGACAGUUGCUUUGUGCCUCACUUUCUUCAUCUGCAAGUGGGGUUAAUAACAGUCCCUACCCCAUGAUUGGUGUAUGGAUUGAGCAGUAUAUUGCCUAAAGAAGAUUAAACCCAAAGCCAGGCAUGUGGCUAGGCCAGAGAGCCAGCUCCCUUCUCUGAAGAAGGGAUCGGAAGAACCCUGCAGUUGCCAAUGGGCAGCCAUCUGUGGGAGCGAGCGGACUGAGCUUUGCCCUCCCUGAGGUGGAGGGUAGGGUGAGAAGGUGCCGAAGGACAAAGUAGACAAAACCCCUUUCAUUCUUCCAGGACCCCCUAGGUCAUUCUGGCUGCUGUGUGGAUUCUAGAUUGGGGAGGAGCAAUAGCGGGAGCUGGGAGAUGAAUGUGAAGUCCAGAUGGAAGAGAAGAGGCGAAAAUACUCCAUCAGCAGCGACAACUCUGACACCACUGACAGUCACGCUACAACUGCGUCACGAUGCUCCAAACUGCCCAGCAGCACCAAGUCGGGCUGGCCCCGGCAGAACGAAAAGAAGCCCUCGGAGGUUUUCCGGACAGACUUGAUCACAGCCAUGAAGAUCCCAGACUCCUGCCAGCUCAGCCCGGAUGACUACUACAUCCUGGCGGACCCAUGGCGACAGGAAUGGGAGAAGGGCGUGCAGGUGCCCGCGGGGGCAGAGGCUAUUCCAGAGCCCGUGGUGAGGAUCCUCCCGCCGCUGGAAGGCCCCCCUACCCAGGUGUCCCCUAGCAGCUCUGAACUUGGCGAGGGCUCCCAGCCUGAUUGGCCUGGGGGCAGCCGCUAUGACCUGGACGAGAUUGAUGCCUACUGGCUGGAGCUCAUCAACUUGGAGCUCAAGGAGAUGGAGAGGCCCGAGCUAGACGAGCUGACGCUGGAGCGUGUGCUGGAGGAGCUAGAGACCCUGUGCCACCAGAAUAUGGUGCGGGCCAUCGAGACUCAGGAGGGCUUGGGCAUCGAGUAUGAUGAGGACGUCGUCUGUGAUGUGUGUCGCUCUCCCGAGGGUGAAGAUGGCAAUGAGAUGGUCUUCUGUGACAAAUGCAACGUCUGCGUGCACCAGGCAUGCUACGGGAUCCUCAAGGUGCCCACGGGCAGCUGGCUGUGCCGGACGUGUGCCCUGGGUGUCCAGCCAAAGUGCCUGCUCUGCCCCAAACGAGGAGGAGCCUUGAAGCCCACCAGAAGCGGGACCAAGUGGGUGCACGUCAGCUGCGCUCUGUGGAUUCCUGAGGUCAGCAUUGGGUGUCCAGAGAAGAUGGAGCCCAUCACCAAGAUCUCGCAUAUCCCAGCCAGCCGCUGGGCUCUGUCCUGCAACCUCUGCAAGGAGUGCACAGGCACCUGCAUCCAGUGUUCCAUGCCUUCCUGCGUCACAGCGUUCCACGUCACGUGCGCCUUUGACCAUGGCCUGGAAAUGCGGACUAUCUUAGCAGACAACGACGAGGUAAAGUUCAAGUCGUUCUGCCAGGAGCACAGUGACGGGGGCCCUCGGGGGGAGCCCACUUCUGACCCCACGGAGCCCAGCCCCGCCGGCGAGGACCUGGAGAAGGUGACCGUGCGCAAGCAGCGGUUGCAGCAGCUGGAGGAAGACUUCUACGAGCUGGUGGAGCCAGCCGAGGUGGCUGAGCGGCUGGAGCUGGCCGAGGCGCUGGUUGACUUCAUCUACCAGUACUGGAAGCUGAAGAGGAAAGCCAACGCCAACCAGCCCCUGCUGACCCCCAAGACCGAUGAGGUGGACAACCUGGCCCAGCAGGAGCAGGAUGUCCUGUACCGCCGCCUCAAGCUCUUCACACACCUGCGGCAGGACCUGGAGAGGGUUAGAAAUCUGUGCUACAUGGUGACAAGGCGCGAGAGAACGAAGCACGCCAUCUGCAAACUGCAGGAGCAAAUAUUCCACCUGCAGAUGAAACUGAUUGAACAGGAUCUGUGUCGAGAGGGGUCUGGGAGGAGAGCAAAGGGCAAGAAGAGUGACUCGAAAAGGAAAGGCCGUGAGGGCCCGAAGGGCAGCCCAGAGAAGAAAGAGAAAGUGAAGGCGGGGCCCGACUCAGUCCUGGGGCAGCUGGGCCUGUCCACCUCCUUCCCCAUCGAUGGCACCUUCUUCAACAGCUGGCUGGCUCAGUCAGUGCAGAUCACGGCGGAGAACAUGGCCAUGAGCGAGUGGUCACUGAACAACGGGCACCGUGAAGACCCCGCUCCGGGGCUGCUGUCAGAGGAGCUGUUGCAAGACGAGGAGACGCUGCUGAGCUUCAUGCGGGACCCCUCGCUGCGACCUGGGGACCCUGCCAGGAAGGCCCGGGGCCGCACCCGCCUGCCUGCCAAGAAGAAGCCACCACAGGAUGGGCCUGGCUCACGGACGACUCCAGACAGAUCCCCCAAGAAGCCCUGGGGCCAGGAUGCAGGCAGUGGCAAGGGGGGGCAAGGGCCAGUGGCCCGGAAACCAACACGGCGAACGCCUUCCCACCUGCCGUCUAGCCCUGCAGCUGGGGACUGUCCCAUCCCAGCAGCCCCCGAGAGCCCCCCUCCUCUGGCCCCCGAGACCCCGGACGAGGCAGCCCCAAUGGCUGCCGACUCGAAUGUCCAAGUGCCUGGCCCUACAGUGAGCCCCAAGCCCUUGGGCCGGCUCCGGCUGCCCCGCGAAAACAAGGGAACCCGGAGAUCGCCAGGUGCCAGGCCUGAUGCUGGGACAGGACCGCCCUCUGCUGUGGCCGAGAGGCCCAAGGUCAGCCUACACUUUGACACUGAGACCGAUGGUUACUUCUCUGAUGGGGAGAUGAGCGACUCAGAUGUGGAAGCUGAGGACAGUGGGGUGCAGCGGGCUCCCCGGGAAGCAGGGGCUGAGGAGGUGGUCCGCAUGGGGGUGCUGGCCUCCUAAGUCACCCCCUACCCCGUCCCAGGCCCUGCCCUGGUCCUCCCGUGAGGCCUCAGCCCAGUCACAACUGCCAUUUCCAAUCUCUGCUGAGUGUCUCAGACCCUUGAGACUGCCACUCUGUUGUGGUUUUAUUUUUAAUAUAGAGAGAGUUUUGAAUUCCACACUGUUGUCUUUCUUCUGUGCUGGCCUAGGACAGUAGGAUUCCUUCCACGGCUCUGGCCGCAGGGACUGUCGCAGGUCCUGUGCACCAUCCCUGCCUGGGCAGUGCCCCGCCCUGGCCCGCGCGGCGUCGCUGGGCUCCUGGCUAGAUGUAGGCAAGGUGAAGAAGAGCUCAGGCCUCCAGCCCGCUGCCACUGGGUGACACAGACCGUCGUUUGGGCAUUAUUUCAUGGCAGAUGGGCCAGCCCAGGGCCUGCCCCGCCUUGCCCCCAAAUCCCACUGGGGUCCAUCUGGGGGGUCCUGCUGCACUCCACUGAUCCCCAAGGAAGUAUGCUAAGUGAUACCCAGCCAGAGUCUACUCACUGUCACAAGCACAACGAGCUUAUACAAGAAAGCACUGAGGGGGCGCAGAGGGCCCGCUGGUUCCAGAGGAACCACAGCUGUUCCUGAUCAACCCACAUCAUCUGAGGCCUGCCCGCCCACCCCGCGACCCCCCACUCCCUUGCUGCUCCGCCCCUGCCAGUGCCCAGCCCAGCGGCUCUGAGAAGGGGUUCCUAGAAUCCUUCCUGAGCUGUGCCAUUUACUCAGGGGACUCCCAAACAGCCAGCCGCCAGUGCCGGUGGGAGCUGCAAGGGAGGGCCAGUGCCCAGACAGGGGCGUGGGGCUCAGACUCACCCACUUAGAGAAUUGCUCUGGGGCUCCAACUUCCUUCCUUCCUUCGGGGCCAGUCUCGGCCGAAGUCUGGUCACUCCCAGACAGCUGACCUGACCAGACCAGACCGUUUGCCUUUCCAAGUUUUCCAGUCCUGCUAAGAGACAAGCUUCUUCCUCGGUUUCCUUUUGGAAACUCCUCCUUCCAACAAGCAGUGGGAUCCCGGGGCCUGGGGCAGAUUUCAAGUCUUGCUGGAUGUUCCUGGUUCCUCUGUCCCUGUGAGCCGUUACCCCCUCUCCUGGGUAUGCCCUCCCUCCCCACCACCGACCCACCUGCCACCUUUUCCGUCCCACCCUCUAGGUCCCAGGUAGUUGCUCUGAAGAGUUUCAGUGGAGUGGCCCCAGGGUGAUAGCUCAGGGAACAAACACAAAAGGAAUUCAGUGAAAACAUGGGUUUUUUUCUUUCAUGAAUUACUCCUGGGUCACUUCCGCCACUGGUGAAGCCAGAACUUCUCCAACAAGAACCUUGCAAAAGUCCAGUGAAUCAGUCGAAUCAUUCUAUGGAUGCCAAAGAAUAUUUUGACCAUAAUACAGCACAGCCUGGACCUGACAACUUGUCACUUGGACUUUUUUUUUUUUUUUUAAAUGGAGUUCUUUAGCAACAAAGUGUAGAGACAUGUUCAUUGCACACACCCAAGGAGGCGAGCCCAAGCUCUUGGAAGAGGGUGCUGUUCUGCUGCUGAACUGUUAGAAUCGGGAAGUGGGAACCAGCGCUGGAUUUCAGAUCCUGGGCUGGGCCCACUGUGAGCUUUCCCAAACUCUGAGACUCAACCGGGGGUGGGGGGGUAGAAUACCGACCACAAAACCAGCAUGGCGAAAGUCUUCACCAUGUGGUUCCCCCCAACACAAAUACACAACGCAGAUCAGCGGGAUGGGGAGCAGCGUGACCACCCACCCCCGACUGCAGAACUUUCAAGGUACGACAGUGGCAUUGUCAUCGACACUCAGUUUCGUGUGAAUUUUAGCAAAACAGGAAGCAAAGACAGGACUCCGUUCAGAAGAUUGGGCACAUUGGUCCGGGUGGAGUGGACUCAGGGCGGGCUUCCGGGAUUCUGGGCGUUGGGAUGGCACAAGGCACCGUGGAGGGUUCAGUCCGCCUGCCUCCUUGGGAGUCACGGCCAGUGCGGCGUCUGCACCAGCGGCCCAACCCCCGUUCUCUGUUUACUGCCUUUGAACAGUCGUCCUUCCUUCCCCGUGCUCUGGGUCACAGUCUUGUCUGUGCUGGAUUGCCCGGUCUGACCUCGCAGGAAGCCAGGGGACGCGAUUAAAGAGCGACCAACUCUGCCGGGGGUGGGGGUGGGGUGCCGGGAAUGGCUCAGGCCCAAUAGACUCAGCCCUUGCCCCCUCACCCCUUCGUGCGUCCCGAGGCAGAGUCUGGGCUCCCCCGGGGGCAGGAGAGAAUGCAGCCUGGCUGGCCAGGGUCUGGUCUGGGUCGGCCAGGCGGGGCAGCCAGCUCUCUUCAGGGGGCCUCUGCCCAAGUUGGCUUCUGGAUUCUCUUCUGUGUUGGCUCUUGGCUUUGGACUGGACUCUCCCUGGGGCCAUGUCCUGCACAGGGCCCAGGGAUCUGUUCAGCCAGCUGGUGAGGGAUGUGGGGGGCCUUCACUCCCAGGCCAGCCCUAGGGCUGUUCUUGCCGGGCAGCUGUCCACCUCUAGGACGCCCAGCAAGGCUACACAGAGGUCAGAGAUGCUGAUCCCCACCACUGUCAUUUCCUCCAUUAGCCACAGCCCCUUCCCUCUCUGGUCUACUGCCCGCCAUGUAGACAGCUUUGCCACCCCUGGCAUUGAGGUUGGAAACAGGGAAGAAGGCAGGAGGCCUUUUGCAGGCCCGAGGCUGAGGCAGAGCUCCUGGUUGACCACAUCUGCCCCCACUCACUGGCCCUCUUCUGGGAGGGAGAAGCUGCUCUGUUACUCAUUCUGUCAUUCCCCAUUCUCCCAGUCCUGGCUGCACAGCUCCUCCCUCCCCCUCAUCACAGCAAGAAAAGGAUAUGGUGCACGGAAAGUAUUUUUAUGGAUCAUAAAUGUAUUUUAAAGUGAGUAAGGAGAAGAAAGGUAGAAGGCUUUAUUUUAUUAAAUGAGCUCUCUGACUUUGUGACAGUGUGUGAGCGUUUGUAAUGUCAGGGUCUCGAUUUCCUUCAAGAAGCCACCAAGGUUCCAGACGUGGGUGCCGGACUGUAGGUGUGUGCGCCUGGGCCAGGGUGCAUGCCCUGUGUCCUUGCGCAUGCGUGUCUGUGUGUUGUGUAUGGGCACAUUGUGGGACUGGCUGGGGCAAUUUUUAGGGAAUCAACUGCCCACUACUAACAGACAUUGGCGGCAGCUGGACUGGGCAUUUCCUUGCUCACUGCCAGAUGUGGUUAACCUCUGCCCGUGCCCGGAGCUCUGCAGAAUGGUCUGGAUGCUGUAGCAAGGCCCUGGGGGAGGCCGCUUCCCACGCCCCGGCCCAGCUGGCCACAUUGGCCAAGGAGCCAGGGCUGGAGUCCAUUCUUUAAGGCACUUCCUGCCACCUUGUCCCUCAGACGCACCAACACUCUGUGCUCCACAAACGACUCGGGGUGGGGGGAUGAUAUGAAUGUCACAGGAGGUGACACCUUCUGUCCUUGUUUCAAAGAAAGUGAUGUGCCAUUUGUUAAUAUACAAGAGAAAUACUGAAAAUAUAUUGAAAAGAGCAAUUUUAAAUUAUUUUUGGCUUAUGUUGCAAUAUUUAUUUUCUUGUAUUAGAAAAGAUUCCUUUGUAGAGAAAAAAAUGUAUUUUUCAUUAACGCAAAGACCUAUUUCCCCUUUUUGUACAUUGUCCACGUUCGCUCCCCUUAACGAGCAAUAGAAUGUACGGCCGCCUUGCUGCGGCCGGAGCCCGCGCGCCCUGCAUGAUUCUGUGUUGCUGCUGCUGCGUAGCUCCCACUCCCAUCCUGUCCUGCUCACUCAUGGGGGUUUCCGGCCCCCGGCCCCCACCAGGGCCUGUGUCUCAAGGAGCCCUUUGCACUCCUCGUGUGUUGGCAAACGCGGUGAAUAAAGCAAUGUUUUCCGUGC